AUGAGCACUGAGCUAUCCACAAGCUCAACGACAGAAAAAUUUAUCAAGUGUGUCGUCGUCGGGGACGGAGCGGUGGGCAAGACCUGCUUAAUUCUCCGCUACACAUUUGGGAACCUAAGCAGUCUCGGUAUCUACGUGCCAACUGUUGCGGAUACCUAUGCCCUCAAAAUGAGGGCCGGAAAUACCGCGAUUCUUUUCAAUCUCUGGGACACGGCCGGUCAACAGGGCUAUGAGCGGUUGAGACAGCUAUCGUAUCCACAAACGAACGUCUUUCUUGUCUGCUUUGAUGUGAAUAACGCAAUUUCCUUUCAAAAUGCACGGGAUUUGUGGAUUCCUGAAGUUCGACACUUCUGUCCUGAUGCGAUAGUUCUUCUGGUGGGAACCAAAACAGACCAAAGGGAUGCCAGCGGGGAGAACUUAUCCAUACAGGGGCUGACCAUAUCCCCCUCUAAGGGGCUUCAGCUGGCAAGGCGUUUGAAAAUUGACGGUUAUGUUGAAUGCUCAGCAAUAACAGGGGAUGGAGUAAAAACCGUUUUCGAUACAGCUAUCAGGUUGGCUUUGGCUUCCAAAAAAUCACUUAGAAGCCGCUCAUGCUCUGUUAUGUGA